UCAGCUAGAUGUUAAGCUCUGGAAGCCGAAGAUAAAACUUGCGAAUAGAGCCUUACCAAGGUACAGUCUAACACAGGUGUGGCAAGAAUAUCUUCACGAACUGCUAAGGAAAAUUUUCAAACCGCAGUGAGAAGAGAUAGCAGAGCUACAUCUGAGAGAGAAACAAGACGGUGCUUUUCAAACUGCUACGACUGCACUCAAACCUCGCUUCUUAAAAGUGCACGGGGAAAAGAGAGUGACGACUGGGAAUUAAUUUACAAAAAGAUCGACUUUCUCGCUUUAUUCAGCGACUCUCUUCCGUGAAAAAACAUAUUACUUCCAAUUGAAGUUUUCCCUGGUCUACGGUGGAGUCUGGCAGCAACUUCUCGAAAUUUGUGUGAGCAAAUCAUAAAGGCUGUCUAAGUUACGCGCAAAACUGCAAUAUUCAAAUUGGCGACUGUUGACAAUGAGCAAAUGGGAAAAAUCGCCAGAGACAAUAAGCACAACAGAUGAAGUCUUGAGGUUACAGAGUGAAAUUACAAGACUGCAACUGGACAACAAGGCUCUGAAUGUUCGUGCUCAAGGAGUACAAGUUCUAGGCAAAGUUCUUCAGGAUACACAGGAAAGCAAUCUCAAACUCAAACAAGAAAUACAACAGUUGAAAUUGGGCUUGACACAGAAUGGUGUUGCUUCAACUCAAUUUGCAGAUCUUUCAGUCUGUACUUCUGUAAAUGAUGAUGGGCAAAGCACAGUUCACGAACAAGGUGACACCUACCACUCAUCAAUGCCUAGUCAAAGAAGUGAGGCUGCAGGUUUUGUCAAUGUCACAACAGUCUCCUGUCCUCAGUCCCUCUCAGCAGGAUUUCCCUCUUUGUUACCUGGAGAAUUUCAUCUUAAGGAGAUACAAGCAGAAUAUCAACACAUCAUGACUGAACUUGAUCACCUACAAGGAGAGGCACAGAAACUGCGGGAGGGUGUUGAACAAUUACCUGGAGAUGGCAGAGAUUUGGAGUUACAAGGGAAGCUCACAAGGCUGUUUUCAAGGCUUAAUGAUUACAGUAAGGAGGCUCGUACAAGGGAAACCCUUUCAAGUGCUUUAGUUUCAGAGGAGGAAAAAUUGAGAGAAAAGCUUGUUGAAAUGGAAGCAGAGCAGGCCUCGCAUGAAAAUGUGGUGCAUCAACUGAGAGAUAAAUUGGGCAAAAGCAAAGAAGAAAUGGAGCUGCUAAUGGAUGAAAUAAAGCUCUGUGAAGAAGCUGUCUUAGUGAAAAGGGAGGAGGCAUUGGAGAUUGAAGCAGGCAGUGGACCUUUGUCAGGCAGUUCAAGGAAAAGUGCAGGAAGAUCUCUCUCAGAUGAGGAAAUCAUAGUAAAGACACCAAUGAUGCAGACUGUGGUCAAGACAUGUGAGAGUUGUGGCCAGUUACAGCGACAGGUUAAUGAGCUACAGAAGCAACUACUGUUGGCAAAGGCUGAGAAGGAUGAGGCACUCAAACUGAAAGAAGAGGUUCUGGAUGUGAAUUACAAGUGGGAUGAGCAAUACAAACUGCUUGUUGCAGCUUCAACUAAAGACAUCAAUGAGCUGAAAAAGGAGAUCGAAAUAUUAAAAUUCAGUGAUACUAGCAAACGACAUGGGCAAUUCUCAGUGACUGAACCAAUGGAGAAGAAAGCAUUGGAUGACCGUUGCAAGUACCUGGAGAGUGAGUUACAACAGAAGCAACUUGAAAUAAAUCGCUUGCAGCUGUUGAUAAGAAACCGGCCCACACAAAUGGCCCAAACACCCCACCACUCUUCCUUGGAGCAGCCACUGUCCCAUCUCUCCCAGCUGGGUGCAGCUGCACCACACCCAGGCCCACUCUCCGAAGGUUCACCAUCCUGGCCUGGUACAAGUGUUCUUGGACAGAAAAUCCCUGCAGAGGUUGUUGAUCAAAUAGAAGUUUUGAAACAACAGCUCAGAGUCUAUGCUGACGAUUUUGCCACUGAAAGAGAAGACCGUGAGAGGAAUCAGGCAGAAAAAGAGAAGCUCAAAGAAGAAUUGGAUGCUGUGAAGGAGCAAUUACAAGCACUUGAGCAGCAGCUCCAGAUAUACGAAGAAGACUUCAAAAGAGAGAAGAAAGAGAAAGAGAGCCUUCAGCAACAAUUAAGAGCUAAACAAACUGCAGGUGGUUACUCAUACAAUGAUCCGUUGGCCCAGAAGGCCAGGGCUGUAGCUGAACAGCAGGCCAGGGUCCAGGCCAUCAAAGAGGUACACGACCGAGAAAGGGACAGGCUGUUGAGAGGACAAACCGAGUUACAGCAACAGGUUUAUGAUCAGCCAUACAGUCGUGCUCGAUCCCAGUACAAUCCUUAUGGAAGAUAUGGCCAGGAUUACACAAACCAUGAAUCGAAGCGGCCUCUUUUGGUCCCAAGGGGUACAAUGCAUCCUUCUCAUGGAUUAAUCACACAUCCUACAAGUCAGCAGGCAACCAGAACUUCCAUUUACCAUGGAGGAGAAGUUUACCCAGACACAGUGCGAGACGUUAUAGAUUCCCCUUUGGAUGGAAACGAUGUCGAAUCAGAUUCAGGUGUUAGCAGUAAGGAGGAGGUGGUUGGACUGGAAGAAUGCCCUCGCUGCUUGAGGAAGUUUAAUGGAGAGGAUAGCGACGCAAUUCUCAAACACAUCGAGAGGUGCAUCUCCUAAGGUGGCUCAACAGUUUGCGGUACUUUUUCAGAUUGUUUCGAUGUAUCAGCACUUUCACCCUGUAUCGGUCUGUGGUAAAACAUUGGUAACGAGCAGAUGUCUGAUCAUUGGGUUGUAUGUCCUCAUCGUCCCGCGUGUUUAAGCGAUGUUUAAUUGUAUAUUACACAAUGAAAACGGCGUUAGUUCUUGCCCUCAGUGAUUGUAAAAUUGUAUUUAGUAAGCUCGGGGUACAAGUCUUUGAUUACAAAAAUGAAGUCGUUAGUUCUUUCCCUCAGUGAUUAUAAAAUGUUAUCAAGUAAGCUGGGGAGUACAAGUCUUUGAUUACAAAAAUGAAGUAUUUCUUUCCCUCAGUGAUUAUGAAAUGUUAUCAAGUAAGCUCGGGAGUACGAGUCUUUGAUUACAAAAAUGAAGUAUUUAGUUCUUUCCCUCAGUGAUUAUUAAAUGUUAUCAAGUAAGCUCGGGAGUACGAGUCUUUGAUUACAAAAAUGACGUGGUUAUUUAAAAACUCAACUUGUUUAGGUAUUGAAAAGUAGAGGUUUAAGUUUAAUCUUACUUUUUUUAACGAGAAAGUGUCGAAGCUAAUGGUGGCUUUGUGAUUGGUAUAAUGAUACGCGGAGAAAGAGACAUUUAUUAACCAAUGAUUGGACAUUCGUUUGAUGCUCUUGUUUUAUCAUCGGCCAAUUCAGAGUGGAAGUAAUAGCACAUCGAAUCAUAAGUACUGCGAACUGCUUUGAGCCACCACAUGGAAACGAUGUGGCCUCGAUGUUUUUGAGGGGGUGGAGUUAAUUUUGAAUUUAUUCACCAACUCAAUGGAAAGUAGGGCAUAUUGCCCCACAUUCAAUAAUUUUUGUGAUCAUGGUUUACACAGUUACACAUAUUGUCUUUGUUUAAACUUGACGUUGAAUAUCUGUUAUUUCAAUUUUUUUUGUCACUAUUCAUAUUUGAGUUGCUUGAUAGAACAUGCACGAUUUUAUAUUUCAUACGAAGUUCAGAUUUGUUGAGGUUUUGUUGGGAGAUUAUAACAUUUGGUGGUGUGUUUUGAGUGA